AUGUCUGAAGCACCCUCGUACUCUGUUGAACCCGCCCACGACGAACGCCGUCUGCGCAUUACUGAUGAUGGUCAUGGCGCAUCGAACGACCCUGCCGGACAAGAAACUUUAUCGCUUCACGACGACGGCAUCACGAUUGUUCUCAAUAAUCAGCGAAAAGACGCUCGACACCCCACGUACAGACGCAACGCCUCAGUUGUAGGCGAAGUAUCCCUUUCGAGCACGCAGGGAGUAACUUCGAUUUCGAUGAGGCUAGGGGGGAAGGCGACGAUUAACUUCAGCACGGCACCCAUACAUAUAAUCGAAUUGUUGGACAUUCCCUUGACUCUUUGGGAGGUCGAGAGCGCGAGCGCCUGCCCCACCACUCUUCCAUUUGCCUUUGUUUUUCCGGGAAAUUGCGUGGAUAAAGAGUCGGGCUCGUCGCAUGCCCUUCCACCGUCAUACGAUCCGCUUGGAGAGUCCAUAUCGCUGCAAGAUCUGCAUGUACGAUGUGUGUAUCGGCUCUCAGUCCAUAUCGCCCGUCCACGGUGGAUGCCAGACAAAGUGAUUAAUGUAGACAUCGAGUAUGCACCCCGGACGGCCCCACCUAGAGCCAUGUUGAUCACUCCCUUUCCGUUCCGCGAUACCAUCAGAGCUUAUCCCGAGGAAUGGUGGCGGACGAGUGCGAUAUUGCCUGUAAGACCGGAUUCAGUAUUGCAGCCUAUCGAUUGUGAUCUCUUCAUACCAUCUGUCCGCAUUUUCGCCAGGCGAGAUGUAAUCCCAGUCUUUCUGCAGCUCCGUGGUACAAGCUCUAGCAUCUCUGCACUCUUCAGCACAGAAGAUAAGACACGAGGACUUGCUCGUCGGCUGCUCGCAAUCACGCGUGGCUCUAAGAAACCACUCAACGUUGACAUUGUCGUCCAACGCCAGGCCACAGCACUCACGAACGACGGAGAGAUCUCACGAUCAUACACCGCUGGCACGUCAUCUCUAUACUCGGUUCCUCCUGGAUAUACACCGCCAGGGAUGGACUCUGACACGUUCACCGUCGACUACGAGGGCGAGAUUAACCUCGCACCACAUGUCACUGUGGGUGGAUUCAAUAUCGGCAGGCUUCGUGUGUCGGACUUUAUUGAACUCUCUGUGCAGCCUUCUGGCUCCGCAGCAAACCAGUUCGCAAGUUUGGUGCAUUCAGUGCCCGUACGCAUCGUUACAGGCUGGACUUGA